AUGAAAUUUUUAAUUAUUUUUUUACUUCAAUUAUUACUCGUAUCCUGCACGUAUGGUUUCAGCUGGUUUUCAAACUGGUUCGGUGGUAAACAUUCACAUUGUCCAGUAGCAUUAUAUUCAAAAGAUUCAUCGUAUUGUGGUUAUAAAUUAUAUGCACAAAAAUCAUUUCAUCCGACAUUAGAACAAAUUGGACAAUAUGCAAAAGAAUGCAAAGUUAAAGUAAAUGUCAAACAAAGUUUUAUUAACGAUGGGGAUCAGAUAAUACCAAAAAUUAAUGAUUAUACUCAAAUGGCAUUUCACCUUGGUUUAGGUUUUGAAUAUGAACUAUUGGAUACUAAUGAACGUCUAUUAUGUAACCGUGUAUGUUUAAAUAAACCAGCAUCACAAAUAAUGUCAGAAGCAAACUGUUUUACAUCGAAAUUGAAAUCAAUUCAAGAUAUCAAACAAGAUGCAUUCCGUCCUGAACAAUUGGUACAAAAAUUUAACACAACAGAUACAUUAGCUUUGCUAGAAUUAAAACGAAAAGACUUGCAAGAAAAAUGUAAAAAUUUAAAAAUGUAA